ACUGAUUCUCAGCAUCAGUAGUGCAUUUACACGCGCUCGAAACGGUUGGAAUUGAGUAGAAGUGCGCAAAGGAGAAUUAUCUCCAGUAAAACGGAAAAAUCAAUAUCUGCCUCAAUUUUGGCGGAAGUUGUCCUAUCCUGAGUGUGACUGAGUGUUCUCUCUCUCCUGAGUGGAAAUCGAGCUGGAUUCUAUACCUCUCAUGAGAUGGACAGUAAAACAUCUGAUUUCGUUCCUCGGGCAAGUGCGCUGAACGACAGACGGGCCAUUUAAACUGCAGGAUGAUUUGUGAAUCAGCCUGUUAGUGAAUGAGUAUCGCAUUUGAUUAAUACUGAAAAGAAAGUGUGAUUUGGUAGUAAGCUGCCGGAAGAAGACUUACUUUGUUGAAAUAGAAAGUGGAAAUUGUCUAAAGAAGACAAAAUGGGUGUGAAUGAUAGUGGAGAAAUUACAUCAUCGACAUCUAGGAUGAAUCUUCAGAUGCUGCAGAAAAUUUUCGUAGAAAAUGAACCAGAUUUGAUUAUCGAUUCCUAUGAAGAAGCCAAAGGAUCCGGCAGAGGCGACAACUACACCGCUGCCCUAUUCCGGUUGUCUCUCAAAGGCCACACCCGGUCCAACGACGGCAAAAAGAAACUCCGUUGGGAGCGUACCGUGAUCUGCAAGCGGUUACCGGAUUGUAAAAUCAAGCGGGAAGCGUUCAAAAGUGAAGCUCUCUUUCGCAACGAGGUUGAAUUCUACAACACCAUCAUGCCGGAGUUUGUUGCGUUUCAGAAACGCAAAUGCACCGCCAGCGGGCAAAUGUUUCGAGCGGUGCCCCAGUGCUAUCUGGCCCAGGAUGAUUUGAUAAUGCUGGAAGAUUUGCAGGUUCGUGGCUUCAGUAUGCCCGAUCGGCAGGCUGGCCUCGGACUGGAGCAAAUGCGAGUGACUUUAACGGAACUGUCCAAAUUCCACGCAGUCAGUCUCGCCUACCGGAAGCAGCAACCGGCUGAGCUUGCUAGGCUAACGGCUAGGAUUUCCGAGGGGAUUUUUUCGAAGGCUAACGCUGAAUGGUACAAAAAUUAUUACGAUAUUCUCACAAGGAAUGCUAUCCAAAUGGUUACGCAAACGAUUCCUGAGAAAGUUGGAUAUUUAGAAAAAUUGGAGGGUUUCCUGAGUGACUGCUUUGGAAAUAUGAUGGAGUUGGUAAGCAAGGAAAGCAAAUUAGCGGUCAUUUGCCACGGCGAUUGUUGGACUAAUAACAUUCUGUAUAAAUACGACGAUAAGGGUUGUAUAACUGAGAAGUGCUUUGUGGACUUCCAGCUGAUCCGCUACGGGUCUCUCGCUCUGGAUCUCGCCUACCUGAUUUAUUGCUGCACAGAUGCAUCCUUACGUAAGGAGAAUCUCCAAAACUGGUUGCGAAUCUAUCAUCAGCAGUUAGUGAAGUCGUUGAAGGUUCUGGGAUCGUUCCACGAUUAUUGUACUGAUGAAGCGGAUCUGUGGCUUCAGAUCGAUGGCGAGUUCAAACGGUACGCACGAUUUGGCUUAGGCACGGCCAUGGACAUGCUGCCGAUCAGUACCUGUUCAUCGGAGGAAGCACCAGACCUGUACGCUAGUGGAUCCGAUACGGCUGCAACGCCACCGGAGCUGAACGUUCCACCGAAUGAACUCUGUAGAAAAAAAAUGACUGAUAUUGUGCUCGAACUUGUUGACGGUGGUAUGCUCUAAGAAUGCAGCAUGUGAAAUCUAAUCUGUAGCUGUUUUACCUAGAUGUUACUCAUCAAAUGGUUGAUUCGAUCACUUGUGAUAGGACAAUAAAGUUUAACUCCACAGCUGAUGUAAUGUAAA